AUGCGCGGCUUUCACGGGAAGAGGUCACGAGAAGCUGGAGCAGGAGCGGGGAGACAGCUGGAGGGGGUACAUGGGGCGGCCGAAAACGCGACUGAUGAUAUCCCGCUUCCUGGGCGCUACGUGUCGAAGCGGGAGCGACUGAGGAUGGACGGGCAGAAAAAGAACGUAUCCACUUCCGGGCAGCUGAUUCACAAAAUCUCAGAGGAAAUCGUUACGCGGGAAACCGCGGCGUAUGGCAGGGGAGCUCUCCCAAGCGCGCCCCACUGGAAACGACACGCGGGUAAUGAGACGUCUCAUAACGCGUACGGCGAGGGAGCUCUCCCGGACGUGCCGGACUGGAUCCGCCACGCCGCGGCUGAACAAGAAGGCGCUGCUGCUGAGCAAUUCGUUGCGCCGCGGCGCCUGAUGUGCCGGAUCCAGUCAGCCCACUCACGUCCUGCCACGUGUGUCAGGUGGUCCCCACAGAACGGCCAUCUGCUGACGUCAGCAGGGAUGGAUGGGGCAGUCAAAGUGUGGAGUCCUUUCGAAGAAAGCCUAGGAGAACGGGCAGAUUCCGUGGAAACUUUUCCCCUCUGCCCAGUUAGGGUGUUUCACGGUCACCGGGCAGCAGUGAAAGACUCGUCGUGGACGAACAACGCCACCCAGCUCCUGACAGCCAGCCUGGAUGCUACAGUGCGAGUUGCUGACGUGGAAUCAGGAGCUACAGUAGCAGAGGUGUGUCAGGGCGGCGCCAUGUCAGUUUGCCGCCAGAAUCCUUUCAACCCACAGAUCUUCACCACAGGAGGGGAUUUUCGGGUCGGCAGUGUGAGAUUCUGGGAUAUGCGUAUGCUGAGAGGAGGCAGUGGCACUAGGAGGCUGUAA